UUUCCGGUUAAGUGCCGGCGUCGACCGGGAGGACCGGUGGACUUCUCCCAAGUUAGAAACAAAAUUGGGUUGCAGGAGAGGGCGAGGAGAAAUCUCGUGUUUACCACACGAUCCUUCUGAUUUUUGCUGCUUAGGCGCGAUUGUUCGGCUUCAGAGGUUAGUUAUUCAUUAAUCCAAUGGACUCUCAGAUGGGCAAUAACUUUAUGGAAUCGUUGUGGUCAGCAAAUUCCUUUGAGCAUCAGGAUGUAGAGAGAUGCCCAUUUUUGAGAAACAUUACUGAAGCUACACAAUUUUCUUUCUCAUCGGUCAAUUUCCUUGUACCUGCUCGAGGAGCCAAGGGUCCCAUCUUUGAGGAUGGACCGAAUUUUGAAAUGGCGUUUAGGCUUUUCCAUGGCCACGAUGGGGUUGUUCCCCUUUCUGGAAGGUCUCUUGUGCGUGAUAAGGUUCAAGAAUCUGAAUCUGAAACUGCACCUGUGUUCAAUCCAUUGGCAGCCAAAGCUGCUAGCAUCAGCCUUUCAUCUUUUGGACUUGGUGGACCUUUUGGAUUUGAUUUCUUUGCCAAAAAAUUGAAGAAGCAUAACGAGAGAUCUUCUAGGAAGGAUUCUUCUCAGAGGCAUGAUUCAACUCAUGAAUCUCAAAGCAAUGAUUGGUUAGAAACUGGGCAAUGCCCAAUAGCCAAAUCCUACAGAGCUGUAAGCGGCGUUCUUCCUAUUGUCGCGAAGGCUCUUCAACCUCCUCCUGGUGUAAAGCUUCGGUGUCCACCGGCCAUUGUUGCCGCCCGUGCAGCAUUAGCCCGAACCUCUCUUAUAAAGAACCUUCGUCCUCAACCCUUACCUGCAAAGGUUCUCGCUAUUGGGCUGCUAGGAAUGGCAGCUAAUGUCCCCCUGGGAGUUUGGAGAGAGCACACCAGAAAAUUCUCCCCGCAGUGGUUUGUAGCCGUUCAUGCUGCUGUGCCCUUCAUUGCUAUGCUGAGGAAGUCCGUUUUGAUGCCAAAAACUGCAAUGGCUUUUACCAUUGCUGCAUCAAUUCUCGGACAGACUAUUGGGUCCAGAGCUGAGCGUCUCCGGCUGAAAAUGAAAACCGAAGCUGAAGCAGCCGCUGGUCAACUUGUGGUUAGCGUCGAACUGAAGAAUGCAGUUUGCUCGGCAAAGACUGGGCAUUCUGUCGACGAAGCAGUUUGGGAGGCUCUCCCUCUGAAGAAAGAGAAUGCUUGUUCUACUGCUGUGACUCCUGCCGCUAGUCUAUGCUAUUGAUAUUGGUGAAUUGGAUGUCUAGUGUUCUGCAAUUCAUUAUAUGCUUAUUUUAUGUUGAAAGACUAUUUAAUUUUGGUAUCGCAGCUUUGGAAGCUGAGGCUCUCCCCUAUGCAGGGGAGAGGUCUACAUAUGAAUAAAGAUUUUGGUUUGUAUCUGUUAUGAAAUAGUGGCAUGAACGCUUAUGUCGCGAUCUCUUUGAGGUUUUGUUUUUUGGGUGAAAGGUUUUUAUUUUUUA